AUGCCCCAUCAGUGGAUGGAGGGAAAUUUACCUGUUUCAGCUAAAUGCGCAGUAUGUGAUAAAAAUUGUGGUUCAGUUCUUAGAUUACAAGACUGGAGGUGUCUGUGGUGUCGAGCGACUGUCCAUACCCAGUGUCGACCAAAUAUGCAAUCCUGGUGCCCCCUGGGCCCCGCCAGAGUGAGUGUGGUGCCUCCAACGGCGCUACACUCCAUUCAGGACGAGGCCUGGGAGGCAGUAAGACCACAGGCUUCCUCCCCUCUUUUAGUAUUCGUUAAUUCUAAGUCAGGUGAUAACCAAGGCGUAAAGUUUUUAAGAAAAUUUAAGCAACUCCUUAAUCCUGCACAAGUUUUUGAUCUCAUUUCAACCGGCCCUCGUCUCGGCCUAAGACUGUUUAGACAUUUUGAUCCAUUCCGAAUAUUAGUUUGUAGUGGAGACGGUUCGGUUGGCUGGGUCCUUUCCGAAAUAGAUAAGUUAGAUAUGCAUAAACAGUGCCAAGUAGCAGUAUUACCAUUAGGAACCGGAAAUGAUUUAGCCCGAGUCCUAGGUUGGGGUUCAUCGUGCGACGACGACACACACCUACCCCAGUUGCUGGAAAAGUACGAAAAAGCAAGUACAAAAAUGUUGGACCGGUGGAGCAUCAUGGCGUUCGAACGCACAAUAGCCAUGCCAAAGUUAUCCCUUACCCCCGGCCUGCCAGAAGGUCAAUUACACAGCCAGAUCACCCAGUACGAGGACUCCUUGGUUUCCCAUCUGCAGAAUAUUUUACAGUCGGACGAAACCUCAGUCAUUUUAAACUCAGCGAAGCGGCUAUGCGAGACGGUUAAGGAUUUUGCUACACAGGUUGUAGAGAGUUCCUUGACGCAAGGUGACGAGCAAUUAGCUAAAAAGUGUGAUAUUUUACAUCAAAAAUUAGAGUUGUUAUUAAAAACGUUAACCAGCGAACAAAUAGAUGCGAAUAACUUAUCGAAUCUAGACGACGAAAGCCAUAGUUCAACUAAGCACACGGACGACACGGACAGCGAGAUGUCAUUCGACAAAGCGAAGUCGGAGAAGUGCGAGAAGGAUCUCAGCAAUUUUAAUUUCAGGAAGCACAGGCGGACGUCGAGGUUCAUGGAACGAGAAAAGGACGCCCUUAUCCAUCGAGCGAACAGCCUGAAGCGGGCGAUUCGAAACUUGGUCGAGCACACCGAGCAAGUAGUCGACGAGCAAAAUAGACAAUCAACCUCAGCAAUACCCACUGUUAAAAUAUCUUUAAGUUCGGAUUUAGAUAAGGUGGACUCGAUAAAAAUGGACUCUCUGAAAGUGAUGCCCACCAUAGAGUCCGGUGGGAGCAGCGAGGCUAGUUCGUGCCCAUCGCCGACUAGCUCCAUCCUAACUGCCAGGCUAGCCAAUCUUUCCCCCAUGCCGGACGUCAGAAGGGAUUCCGCUUUUGGGAGCGACGACACCGACAUGUUAACGCUUCCGGUUCCAGCCGAUUUCGCGGACAGCAGGAGGGCUAGUCAAAUUCAACAGCAAAGCAUAGACACAACAACGGAGAGUAUCCUAAUAGAAACCGCCUCGACACUAAUUACGAUAGAACUCGAACAAAAGACCAUCGAAGAGGAAGUCGAAGUAGAGAAGGAACAGCAACAACGACGUGACAGUACAAAAUACGAAAACGAAUUAGAAAAAAACGUAGACGACGAGAAAGAAUGUAGUAGUAUCUUAUCCGCCAUAUCAAACGAGGAAGUAAGCAUUACCUCGGAGAUCCUGGACCAAAAAUCUUUUGUACCACGGAAAGAUAGCGACGGUGAGGAUCUGAACGGUCAUAUUUGUCAUAUCGAUUCCCCUGAAACUGACACUUACCCAAACUCGGACAUCAUCCAUGGUGAGUCUUUAAUGGAUGAUAUUAGUUCGAUGUUAGGUGAGGUGUAUGGAUACGGUCAGGAUAGUAUCGAAAAUACUUACACUGACGACACGACGUUGUUUCCGAGCGAUAUAGUUAUUACUUCUCCAGAGAGAAAAAUUAGUUUGAAGAAGGACUCCCUGGAGCGCAAGCGGCGAAGCUCGAGGACGAAGAUGGAAACAAAAGUGGACGAAGAUACGCAAUUUGGAUUUGAAAACCGUGCCUUUAUGUCCCAACAUGUAUUUUUAGAUAACAAGUUUGAGGCAGAGCCCGCCCCUCGUUACUGCAGUUUAGCCCAAUUUGUUGAAGGUAACGACAUAGCUAGAAGAUCCUUUAAAAGACCAAAACCCUCGAGUAAAACAUCAAAGACGGAAGCAAACAUCAACAGGCAGAGCACGCUGAUGGAAGAGAUAGAAGUAGGGACGCCCAGCCAGAAGGGCAGUCAGGGUAGUUUAAAUAAACUUGAAAAGGAGUUGUCUAAUGUCUCCACUAGUACCCUGAAGGCCCUCGAUGAUGAAAAGGAAAAGGAGGAAACGUGUAAAUUCCCCCAAGUAAGCGUGAUAGUAGAACCUCCCUCUCCCGUUCUAAACGAACAAAUCCGCUCUGAGCGCAUAGAGCACAUAAGAAUAGAAAUCGAAGGAGAAAUAGAUCCCGACAUAGAACUCCUAUGUUCAAAGGCCGACAGACUAUCCACCAGUGACGUAACCACCAGCAACAAUAGUUCUAAUUCUAAUCUGUUGGGUAUUGAUAACGAGCAGUUCCUAACAAGGUCUCCAGCUGCCACCAGGAGGAUAUCCUGCUGUAGCAUGCUCAAUCCUGCUGAGACUGCAGCUCUGGCAGCGGCCGCUGCCGCUACUAAGUUUUAUGGUGAAGCAGAGAAGAAGGAAAGUGAAAAAAGGGAAGAAAGGGAGAAUCGGAAGCUACCCAUUAUCAAUCCUCUUGUUAGGCUGCCCACAUGGCCAAAUGUCAGCACAGGUGGCGGUUUCAUAAGCAAGUGUUUACUGGCCAACGCAGACACUUUAUGUGCGGCAGUGAGUCCGUUAAUAGACCCAGACGAAACUCUUUCUGAAGGUUUCUACGAGCGCUGUGUUAUGAACAAUUAUUUUGGAAUCGGUAUCGACGCCAAGAUUUCCCUGGACUUCCAUCAUAAAAGAGAAGAGCACCCUGAAAAAUGUCGAUCCAGAGCCAAAAACUAUAUGUGGUACGGCGUUUUAGGAAGCAAAGAAUGGCUUCAGAAAACUUACAAGAACCUAGAACAGAGAGUUCAACUGGAGUGUGAUGGUCAGAGGAUUCCUUUGCCUAGUUUACAGGGGAUCGUUAUACUGAAUAUUCCAAGUUUCAUGGGAGGUAUAAACUUUUGGGGAGGAACUAAGGAGGGUGAUAUUUUUCUUGCACCUUCAUUUGAUGAUAAAAUUUUGGAAGUAGUUGCUGUAUUUGGUUCUGUUCAGAUGGCCGCAUCGAGAUUAAUCAACCUUCAGCAUCACAGAAUAGCUCAAUGUCAAAGCAUCCAAAUAAAUAUUUUAGGUGAAGAAGGAGUUCCGAUACAAGUAGAUGGAGAAGCUUGGAUACAACCACCAGGAAUUAUACGAAUCCUGCACAAAAAUCGAAUGCAAAUGCUUUGCAGAAAUCGAUCUUUAGAAAACUCUUUAAAAUCGUGGGAAGAAAAACAACGGCAGAGUAUGUCGGCUCAAGGAGCCAAACCAAGACUAUCAAUUUCACAUGACAAAGGUCGUAGUAGCCUCACGAGACAGAGCAUGCCUUCUCAUGAAAAGUCAUUCUUGGGAGUCAACAUUGAAAAGAUACGACAACAUUCCUUCAGUGGUGCUGUACCCACACAUGUUGAAAAAGAAAAACACACGGUGCAUUUUGUUGAAAAACCUCCAACAUCUGCAGAACCAGAAAUACUAUUUUCGGAAGAAGAACAUUAUCUUCUGAUUAACUUUAUAGAAUGUGUAACAACUCUAACUAAAUGGAUAAAAAUACUAGCUAUAAGUCACAGUCUGGAAGUAGAUCUAUAUACUCUUGCCGCCAAGACUGACACAUGUCUUGAAAAAAUUCACCCGAAUGGCAAAAUACUAGAAGGACCUCAACUGAGAAUAGAAUUCACUAAAUUAGUGUCGGCUGUAAAACAAUUAUAUGAAGAUAGUUGUUGCCUGCUGCAUGAUAGAGGAGAUAAAUUAAAACUUAGAGAAGACUUGGAGAACAAACUUAGUGUUAGCCUUGCUAACACAGAACUAGAGUUAAGGAAGUGUGUAAUGUACGAUACACCGUCAGGUAGUUUAGUAUAUCUGCAACCUUUGCAGGGAGAUCAGGCUGAACAUAAGAGAAAAGGUCUAUUCUGGCUGAAAUUCCGAACAAAGGGAACUGGAUCGCAAGCAUCCAGUCAAAAGAGAGAAGUGGCUUCUUGGGGUACACAAGAAGUUGCGACAUGGCUGGAAACAUUACAGCUGUCAGAGUACAUUGACAGCUUUGAAAAGAACGAUAUAAGAGGUAGAGAACUUCUUACUUUGGCACGGAGAGAUUUGAAAGACUUAGGAGUAACUAAAGUAGGACAUGUUAAAAGGAUACUGCAAGCCAUUAAGGAUUUGACACAAGGAUUAUAA